AUGCUGGAGAUGAACGGUGUCCAGAAGUCGUGGGACUUCAUGAAGACACAUGACAGCGUGGCCAUUCUUAUGUUCAACUCUUCUCAGAGGAGCCUGGUGUUGGUGAAGCAGUUUCGGCCAGCUGUGUAUGCGGGCGAGGUGGAGCGCCACUUCCCAGGGUCCCUGGUGGCCGUGGACCUGGAUGGGCCCCAGGAGCUGCAGCCGGCACUGCCAGGCUCUGCGGGGGUGAUGUUCGAGUUGUGCGCCGGCCUUGUGGACCAGCCCGGGCUCUCGCUGGAGGAGGUGGCAUGCCAGGAGGCGUGGGAAGAGUGCGGCUACCGCUUGGUCCCCUCUGACCUGCGCCGGGUUGCUGAGUACAGGUCUGGAGUGGGACUGACCAGCUCCAGCCAGACCAUGUUCUAUGCGGAGGUGACGGAUGCCCAGCGUAGCGGCCAGGGUGGGGGCCUGGCUGAGGAGGCUGAACUCAUCGAGGUUGUGCACCUGCCCCUGGAUGGCGCUCAGGCAUUCGCAGACGACCCUGACAUUCCCAAGACCCUCGGUGUUAUCUUUGGUAUCUUUUGGUUCCUCAGCCAGGUGGCCCCCCGCCUGGGUCUCCACUGAGUCUCCAGGUGGUCUGGACAGAGGCCAGUCUUGGCCACCUGCCCACCUGCCUUGCAGACCCAAUAAAUGUUUGCAUAGCUCUAA